UUUUUCAAUUUUCCAGAGACGUUUUUGGCACACGCCAAAGUGAACACGACCGCGUACCGAACGCGCAUUCGAUCAAAAUAGGUGCUGCCUGUUCAGUCAAUUUACCUCGUCGUUCGCGUCGCUAGAUCGCGUUCAUCAUCAACGUGCUUCGAAUGUAUGUCGAAGCAAUUAUUUAAUUUCAUAUUCGUUGCACCGUGGUUAACGCUGGUAUCGGUCGAGUCCCAUUCAACUGGAGUUUUAACGAUAUCUCGGUAUUCGUAUCGUACUUGAUUAGUCUAUGAAAAUUUUAAAUCGUAACCGAUAUAUUCGCGUAAUUUAAUUACUGGCGUGCGUUGAUCGAGGAGAACAUAAUAGCGCAUAUCGAUUAUAACAUCGUAUAAAGUAUAAACGGUGAAUGCAUAGUAUCUUCGAGUACAAAGUAUGCGCACGACCGAGCUGUCCACGAGCUGAUCGUUCGCGUUCGACCGAAGCAAAUAAAAUCGUGAUAAAAGAGAAGCGAUCGCGCGCUGUGCCGCGAUGUCGAAUAAAUGAAGCUAUUCGAGCAUUUAAAACGUCGCGUCGUGUCGCGCUGCUUGUAACCGACGAUGAACGAGUAUCGACGACACCCACCGACCACGGCUAUUACACAGGAACGUACGCGAUCGCGAAACUGAUGUAUAUGAAAUUUUACGCCAGUAAAAAUUCGCGAACAAGAAAAUCAGCGAAGAGUGCUUCUCGAAUUCGAAUCGAUCUUUGGUUGGGCUUCGUAGAAGGAGAUGGUAUUGAAAUGGAAAAUAAAAACGUGGACGAGCGCGCGCAUUUCGAUCGUCGAAGCAAAUAAAAGCCGUUCCUGAAGGACAGUUUUGUGGCGCGGAAGUGGAAGGGGAUUCGAAGAUUAUACUCGCCGGUCCGCGAGUCAAAAGUUCAGUUUGGUCUAACGUCUAUCUCGCGUCGCGUCUUGUUCGAGAUUCGAAUGCGGUGUAGAAGUUGUAAGAGAAACGCGCCGAGAGGAGAAAUCACGGAUGGGACAAGAGAAUAGGAAAUUUCAAAAUUGUAUCGGACUCCAUCGAAUCGAUCGAGAGUAAAUAAUCAGAAUUUGCUUCGUACUCGUGGUCGUUUCACGAACGCCGGGGAAUCACCGUCUCGACGCUUCUAGCGGGCAUCAAAGAUUUUUAGAGGAUCGGCCAGAAGACGAGCAGCAGCCGGUUUCGAAAGAAAUCGAUCGGUACAGAGACGGAACGCGAAGAUGAGAUACAAGGUAAACGAUCCAGAGAACGAUGAAAAGAACGCGAGGGAUGGGACGAAAAGGAACACGAUAAUUUUCUGGCAACGCGACCACGAAGAGGAGGAAAAAUUGAACGGGAAAAAAAUGAAAUUGGCGAUAACGAUUGGAUUGUUAACGGUAACCGUAAUCGCCUUGGUUAUAACGCUGACCUUGCAGAUAGCUAUUUUCCACAAAGAAGAAUACGAAGAAGAGAUGUGUCAGAGCGAAGAAUGCGUGAAGACAGCCGCUAGGAUAAUCGAGGCGAUGAACAGAUCCGUCUUACCUUGCGAUGAUUUCUACGAGUUCGCUUGUGGCGGGUGGAUUUCGAAGAACCCCAUACCGCAGAGUCAAACUUCCUGGGAUCAAUUGAGCCUUCUUAGAGAGCGACUGUUAACGGAUUUGAGAAUACUUCUCGAAGAGUCGGACGAAGGCAACGAUUCGAGAUCGAUCAAAUUAGCUCGAGACUUGUACAAAUCGUGCAUGGACACGGCGAGCGUCGAAGCACUGGGUCUGAAGCCUAUCCACGACGCGCUCGGCCGUUUGGGUUUGCCCAACGAUCCACCCUCUCCAGGCGAAAUUUUACCGGACUUUGACGUUUCGGAAAUUGCCGGAAUCGCGCAACGAGUGUUAGGCUUGAAUCUUUUCGUAAACUUUUACGUCUCCGAGGAUCUUCGAAAUACAACGAGAAACAGAAUAAUGGUAUUGGUAUCCGGCAAACACCGGAAAGGAGUAGCAACGAUAUCGAUUCGAAUCGUUUUUCAGAUCGAACAGGUCUCUCCGGGAUUCAGCGAGCGCUAUCUCCUCGAUCCGCAUCGCUUCCGAUCGGAGUUGACGGAGUACAAGAAAUACGUAAAGUCCAUGGUGGAACUGGCUGGAGCGGGAAACGAGAGUCAAGCCUUCGCCGAGGAAAUUUUCGACUUUAGUACAAAGAUCGCGAACAUGAUGGAGACACCGGAGCAAAAACGUAGCGAAAAUCACCAUAUUUACGAAACGACCAUCGACGGUUUACAACGACUUACGGAUUCGCGCGUGCAACAGUGGAAUUGGACGAGGUACGUGGAACACGUGUUUAGCGACACGAACGUGACGAUAGAUACAGCCGUAGAUCCCGUGCUCCUUAUAAAUUUACGCUAUUUGCAACGAUUGCCCGAACUGCUAGCGAUCACUCGAACCACUACGAUAGCGAGAUUCGCGUGGUGGAGCGUUUAUUCGACGGUCGCUCCGUUAACGUUGCAACGAUUUCGUGACCUGGGCUUCCAGUUCUCGCAAAAGGUUUUCGGCUUGAAAGAGAAGACGCCCCGUUGGAAAGCGUGUACCGUAAACGUGAACGCGAAUUUCGGCAUGGCACUCAGUUACGUAUACGCGCGUAAACGUUUCGACGAACAGGCUCGUGAAAAGACCGGGAAUUUUCAGGCUCUGGAAAUGUUGUUGGACGUGAAAGCGGCGUUCGACGAGAUGCUCGGUGAACUAGAUUGGAUGGACGUUGAUACGAGAGCUCGAGCGCACAAAAAACUGUACGCGAUAAGACCGUUCGUAGGAAUCCCAGAAUGGAUUACCAACUCGACGCAAUUAGAGAAAUAUCACGAAGGGAUGGAAGUAAUACCGGGACGACUGUUCGAUACGUUCUUGAAACUGACCGACGUAGGAAUUAAGAAAAGUUUCAGCAGCUUGCGCGAGAAACCGAAUAAAAAUCGAUGGAUAACAACCGGUACUACAGUGAACGCGUUUUACAGCGCGAUUUUAAACUCCGUUACUUUUCCAGCCGGUAUUCUGCACCCACCAUUCUACGGAAAUGGACUAGAGUCUAUCAACUACGGUGCUAUGGGCGCUAUAAUGGGCCACGAACUCACCCAUGGAUUCGACGAUCAAGGUCGUAGAUACGACGAAAACGGAAACCUCGACCAGUGGUGGAGCGCCAGGACGUUGCAACGUUACCACGAGAAGGUCGAGUGUAUAAUCAAACAAUAUAGCAGUUAUCGUUUACCGGAGUUGGGUAAUAAUUUUACGGUGAACGGCGUUAAUACGCAGGGUGAAAACAUUGCCGAUAACGGUGGGAUACGCGAGGCUUUCAGAGCUUACCAAAGGCUUCGAAAAAGAACCGGUGAUCGACAGGUAGUUUUACCUGGUCUUGCCAGAUACAGUCAACAGCAAUUAUUUUUCCUCGGUUUUGCCCAAGUAUGGUGCGGUAAUUAUACGAACGGCGCGUUAAAGUCGAAAUUAAUCGAAGGAGUACACGCGCCUAAUCACUUCAGAGUCAUCGGAACCUUAUCGAACAAUCAGGAUUUCGCCAGAGCAUGGAAUUGUCCUGUUGGAAGCCCGAUGAAUCCGCCUCGCAAGUGUAUUUUGUGGUAACCGAAUACGCCGAGCUUGGACCGUGCGGACGACUCUGUACGCGCUUUUUAACGCGCACGCUCUCGAAUAUACAUAUUUCUAAUAUAGAUAUUUCCUUCGAUUCUAAGCAGACUUAUUUGUAACUUUUAGGAACUAACGCGUAACUCAACAUCAAA